AUAGCAUAUAUCAGGCGCCUGAUCUCAUCUGGCGCUGUUUGGUCGUCUGCGGCCCGUGUAGCCACUGCUGAGGAGGAUUCUUCUACAACAUGCAAGAAUCCCACAGUUUUGGGGCCUUGGCGGUCCUGGUGACUGUGGUCGUGGUUCAGAGUGUGUGGUCGCAGGACCUGCGACACGUCACAGAGCCCAAGACCCCACAGACCUGCACAUCGCUGAAGGCAAACGGCAAAGACGACACCGAAACCAUCCAGAAGGCCCUCAACUCCUGCACCAAAGGGAAAGCCGUCGCACUGUCCUCGGGAACCUUCAACUCUGGCCCGCUGAGCAUACCGUCCGGUGUCGGACUCAUCGUCGAGCAGGCGGUGACCUUGAAGGCCAUCCCCAAUCCUGUGCUGUACGGGUCGGCACGGUGUGGCACUUGGGAUUCCAGCGGCGACCACUGCACCCCUUUCAUCCUCAUGAGCGAGGUGAAGGGCAGCGGGAUCUACGGCAAGGGCACCAUCGACGGCCAAGGGUACCACAAGCUGGCGGGCUCCAACAUGAGCUGGUACGACUUGACCAAGAACUCGGGCUCAGGGAAGUGCCAGAACAACCCCCGGCUGAUCAAGAUCAGGAACUCGCAGGACAUCACCGUGCACCAGGUCACGUUGCUCAACUCCCCUUACUUCCACCUCACCACUUCCAACACGACCGGGUUCACCGCGUGGGGGGUCACCAUCCAGGCGCCCGCCGACGUCGGCAACACGGACGCCAUCGACCCCACGGGCUCGCAGAACGUGACGGUCGCCCACUGCAACAUCAGCACCGGCGACGACAACGUGGCCAUAUCGUCCCUCAACUCGCCGGCGCGGCACAUCUCCGUCCUGAACAACCACUUCGGGCACGGCAACGGCAUGUCCAUCGGCUCCGGCACCUUGUACGGGGUCAGCGACGUGCUGGUGUCCGGACUGACCUUGGACGGCUCCGUCAACGGGGUGCACGUCAAGAGCGACUCGCUGAACGGCGGGCUCGUGCAGAACAUCGUCUACGAGGACAUAUGCGUCAAGGGCGCGCAGAAGCCCAUCCACCUGGACAUGCAGUACAUGAACCACACCGGCGCGCACGAGCCCCACUUCCGCAACAUCACCUUCAGGAACAUGCGGGUGGUCACCAGGGGCAGGUUCAAGUUCGUGGGGUUGAGCCCGUCCAACGAAGUCGAAGCAACGUUCGACGAUGUCCACAUCGCCAAGGGCUCGUACUGGCUCACGAGCAACGCCAAAAUAAGUGGGAAGGUUGAGUACGACGCAACCGGCAGUUGUGGAUGGGCCGGUAAUAAAUAGGUUUGUUGUUUCGCACCCAUAAACAAAAUCAUAUGUUGAAAAUCUUUCAUGUUUGAAUUGUAACAAAAUUAUUAGAAUUGCAACAUUUCUAUGAAUUCAAGAAUGUUAAAGUGUGUAUAUAUAUAUUUCCUGUUUACUGUUUUAUUAAUUAAUAUAUUUCUUCCUUUUUCGCAUACAAUUGUAAUUAAAAAAUUUGAGCAGACAAUUUAUAUAUAUUAUUUUGUUUGAUUAAAUAUCCUACCUUAAAAA